CAAAGAAACUCCGCAAGUGAAAGUACAAAUUUUAACUCACCUGGACGGAUAUAUAGGCUAUCAUGGAUUUGAUCUAAAUCAUUUUGUAGGCUAACAGGAGCUGAGAGCAACAGCAGACAGGAUGAGUUGGGGAGCACUUUAUACCCAGCUGGGAGGGGUAAAUAAACACUCCACCAGCCUGGGAAAGAUCUGGCUGUCUGUCCUCUUCAUCUUCCGCAUUAGCAUCCUUGUAAUAGCCGCCGAAACGGUCUGGGGGGAUGAGCAGUCCGACUUCACCUGUAACACACAACAGCCAGGCUGCAAAAACGUCUGCUACGACCACUUCUUUCCAGUCUCACACAUCCGUUUCUGGUGCCUGCAGCUCAUCUUUGUGUCUACACCGGCUUUGCUGGUGGUUAUGCAUGUGGCAUAUCACAAACACAAUGUAAAGAAAGGACUUUUGGCCAAGCGAGGUGGCGGUGUCAAAGGGGAUGACCUGGAGAGCUUGAAGAAGAGGCGUCUACCCAUCACUGGGUCGCUGUGGUGGACCUACACCUCCAGCCUGUUCUUCCGGCUCCUUUUCGAGGCCGGAUUCAUGUACGCUCUGUAUUAUGUCUACGAUGGGUUUCAGAUGGCCCGUCUUGUGAAGUGUGAGCAGUGGCCCUGUCCCAAUAAAGUUGACUGCUUUAUCUCACGACCAACAGAGAAGACAGUCUUCACCAUUUUCAUGGUGGGUUCUUCUGCCAUUUGCAUUGUGCUCAAUGUGGCUGAACUGGCCUACCUGAUUUUCAAAGCACUACUGAGGUGCUCGACCAGAGCCAAAGGAAGGCAUGCUUUUGUUCACCAAGAUAAAAUGUCCACAGAAAAGGCGCAGUUACAGAAUGAAAAGAACACAAAGUUGCUGUCAUCUGCUUCGGACUCUUCAAGCAAUAAGACUGUUUAAGAUUAUCCCUACAUCCAGUGACUAAUUCAACCAACAGGCCAUUAGAGCAUUAGAAUUAGCAUGUGUUUUGUACCUUGUUUUUGACAACCUGCCCUGAGAAUACAACAAAGCCACAAACCUGACAGCAGGUUUCAAGCAUGCUUCAUUCCAAACUUGGCAUUCCUCCCCCAAGCCAAAAGACAAUUAGGACAU